CGAAAGCUUGCGUGGCCGUGUUGGCCCAGGUAGUCCGGCCCAGAAGGUUCAGGCGCCUCAGGCGUGGCCUUUUCCAAAGGCACCAUGGAAGUUCCCGCGGGGGAGCCUUUACUCGACCUUGAGGUGCUGGGCGGGGAGCAGCAUGCGCUGCUCCAGUCGACGCCCCCUGGCUUGCAGCACCGCUUGGCGUGGAGGCUCGUUGCGGGCUCGGCGGCCGCGCUGCUGAUCGUGAGCGCCGUGGCGGCAUUCGCGCACCCUGCCUGGACGGGCGCCCCAAACUGUGCAGAUGGCUCGUGCAGGAGCACCUCGCGCAGCCUGGACAGCACCGCGGUUCUCAAGACGAACCGCGGUGGCGGGGAUGCCAGCGCAGGCGCGGGCGGCGGCGGCGGUAGAGGCGGAGGCGGCGGCGGCGGAGGCGGCGGCGGCAGCAGAGCUGGCGGGAGCGCCAGCACGGCCAGCCCCACGGCCAGCCCCACGGCUAGCCCGACGCCUUCGGCCUCAGAAGACCCCGCUACCCUUCCCCCCAUGGCCACCACGACCGCCGUGAACGAGACUGAGUCGUUUCAGUGCUACCAGGGUUGGGAGGCCACGGCCAAACUGGCCGUGUGCGAAAAUCUAGGGUUUGGUGAGGUGACUGACUGGUUCUGUGGCACCUACAGCAAACCGUGCAAGACUGACUUCUGCACGAAGGAGGAAGUCAAAGCUGGAGCCAUUGCGACGUACUACCUGUGCGGAGCUACGGCGCUCGACUACUGUGAGUACUUUAAGAGCAUAUCUGCAGACCCCGACUCGAACGUAUGUUGCGACACUCCGGCGUGCAAUGUCCCGCCAUCACCGUCGCCGUCGGCGCCAGAUUCUCCUGACAUGGUCAUCACGACCAGCAUGGGCGAGACGAGCAGUCUGGGCGACACGACCAGCAUGGAGGAGUAUGACAAUGCAACGACCAGCAUAGGCGAGACGAGCAGUAUGGGCGACACGACCAGCAUGGAGGAGUAUGACAAUGCAACGACCAGCAUGGAUGGGACGGCGCUGUUGGAGUGCUACCAGGGCUUCGGGGCUGCAGCUGAGCUGGCCGUAUGCGAACCUCUAGGGUUUAGUGAGGCUGAUUUCUGUGGCAGCUACAGCAGGCAGUGCAAGAUUGACUUCUGCACAAAGGAGGAGGUUGAAGCUGGCGCCCUCGCGACGUACUACCUGUGCGGAGCCACGGCGCUCGACUACUGCGAGUACUACAGGAGCAUAUCUGCAGACCCCGAGUCGAACGUAUGCUGCGACACUCCAGCGUGCAAUGCCCCGCCGCCGGCGUCGAGCUCCACUGACAUGGCCACCACGACCGGUAUGAAAGAGACGACCAGCACGGAUGAGACACCGUGAGUUUUACGCGAUGCUGCAUGACGCGAGCAGGAUGGGUUGGAGUGAGGCUCUCGCCAUGGUGUCGGGCUUCCCGCUCAUUCCAUCUCCUCCGCGCUCCUGGUCAUCCUCGUAGCUCCGUUCUCCCUUCGACGCUCUCUCUUCGACGGCAGAGCGUGUCGUCCUUUUGCUUGCCAUUCGGGCGUGCAUUGGGAGUGCAAUGGAGCUCUCAGUUCGCAUCCUUUCAAUUGAACGUUAUGGGAAGCGUUUGCUGCACUGCAUGUUCCAUCGCGCUGUUUUGGGCGUCUCGUGCGUCUCGUACCUGCUUCUCGGCGGAGCGCCUGGGGGGAAACCAGAUGAGGCGGGCCUUACCACAAGGUCCAGAAUCGAAUACGAAUAAUG